GGCUCCCCGUAGGGGCGGCGCUGCUGUGUGUCCUCCUCACCGCUGGGCGGGGAGCGCGGGGCCGGCAGGAGUGGAGCGCGGAGCCCGGCCCGGGAAGCCAAGGCCGCCGGGGAAGAGCCAGACGCUGGGAGGCAGCAUGAGGAGAGUGGAGAAUUGCUCGUAGUCCUGAGGGAAAGCAGUGGUUCCUGCCCAGCAGCUGGAGGAUGGCCUCUUCGUGCCCUGGCCUCGAAGGGCUGACCCUGGAGCCGGCCCACCUGCGUCCAGAGCUCCUGGAUGCCUGCGCUGACCUCAUCAACCAGGAGUGGCCAAGGAGCCGAGCCUCCCGCCUGCACUCACUGGGCCAGUCUUCAGACUCCUUUCCCCUGUGCCUGGCCCUGCUGGGCCCACCGCCCAUUCCCGGGGCUUUGCCCACGGUCCUGGGCCAUUCCCGCCUCUCCCGGGUUGCUGCCCAUGAUCACAGCCUAUUGGUGGAAACUGUGGUAGUGGCUCGGGCCCUUCGGGGUCAGGGGUUCGGCCGUCGCCUCAUGGAGGCCACCGAGGCCUUUGCCAGGGCCAGGGGCUUUCGUCGGCUGCACCUGACCACCCACGACAAGCAGCAUUUCUAUGCCCACCUGGGCUACCAGCUCGGGGAGCCAGUGCAGGGUGUGGCCUUCAGCAGCCCGCUGGCCGCAGCUGUCCUCCAGGCCUUCUCCCAGCCGACCAGCCCACCAGAGCCUAAACCCCCCCGGCUCUGCAGGGAGACUGCGAGAAUCCCCUCUACCCCCUCUGCCACCGACCGCCCCCCUGGGCCCAAGCUGCCCCCUGUACCGCCACCCCCUCCGCCUUUACCUGCCCCUCUUCUCAGCCCUCCAGCUGUCUCCCCCACAGGCCCCCUGCAGCAGAGCCUGGUGGAAACUCCAUACAGGGACAUCCGGGGCCGCCCCAUAUUCUGGAUGACUAAGGAGAUCUGAUGGAGUUGGCCUUGUGGCCUUUGAGUGGAGGAUGGAAAGAAUUGUAGAGAAUGACCUGGGAAGUUGGCUCUGAAAUCUUGGCAGUGCCUGAAGCCCUAUUCCCUGGGGGGGGCCUGACAACUGGUUGUCAGUGCUGAACCCCCUGCCCUCCAAGGCAGAAGUUGGGGAGAUCCCCUAACCCCAUCCUAUUUUUCUCUGAGGGUUAUUUUUGGGGGGAGGGGGGAGAAAUUGGGGGUACCCAUCUCAGAAUCCCAAAGACCCCCAGCAGAGGAGCUGGAAAACAAGAGCCCACGGACGUGAUGACGGCCAUAAUAUCAACUUCUAUAGCACUUUAAGGUCUACAAAACACCUCUCUCACAGUGUCCCCAAGAGAGGGAGGACUGUGCCUAUGAAUUAUCACCCCCAUUUUCUAGAGGAGGAAACUGAGACCCUGAGGGGCAGAUCCCAGCUGCCAAGUGGCAAAGCCAGAACUCCAUCCUGUGCUUCCCUCCUACAAAAGCGGCACUGCUAUACCUCAGAGACUGUGCCAGGGCCUGUGUCCUGGCUGAACAGUGGGCAGAGGUCUCUGCACAUAGUAGGUGCUCCAUUAGUGUUGGUUGGAUUCAUAAAAUUGUUAAGUAGCCUGGCUGUGUGUGAGUAGCACUCAAUAAAGCAGCCCCAUCACGGGCACCACGUGGCAA